AUGUUGGAUAACAUGUUUUCUCAAAUAGGUUAUAAAGUGCAAAUCCCAAUGCUACACACAUACUUUUCAAUGGUUAGGAGAGAAUUUUCCCUAUCAAAUGGAUUGCUCAAAGGCCACUCAAAAUGGCAGAACAUCAAAGCAACGAAAGGCAAAAAUGAUAUGCUGAAAUCUCAGGCGAUGAAUGUGUUGCUGAAAAAGACCAAAGCUGCUGCGUUGCGAGGAGGGUUUGACGUGAAGCUGAAUCGUGAGCUCAGCGCUCUCGAACAGGAUUGCAGGGCCCAGGGACUUUCCCUCGACACCUUCAGAAAUUUCCUAACCAAGUUGAAAGACAAGCCGGAGAUCGAGUGCACUUACAAUGUAAUAGGUCCCUCCGGUUCAUUUUUCAUCAUAGAAGCGGAAACAGACAAUAGGAAGGUUUUCGAAAACACGUUAAGAAAGUACUUCAACAAGGUGGGCGGAUUUCGACUUGCAGCUGAAACUUCGGCGGUGCAGAGUUGGUUUCAGCGAAAAGGAGUGGUGACUGUGAAAGCAGAGUUGAAAGGAAAAGAAGUGCAUUUAGAUCAGAUGGAGGAGAUUGGCAUAGAGUUGGAUUGUGAGGAUGUUACCCUUGUUGAGGACAAAAAUCCUUUGUUCGAGUUACUCUGUGAGCCUGGGAAGUUAUCAGAUGUGGAGAGCACACUUUCUAGUAAAGGCUUCAUUGUUGAAUCAGCAGAGAUACAAUUUCGGCCUCGUCACCCAAUACAUAUAGCAGCGGAGGAUGCAUCCAAAGUUGGGAAACUCUACGAAUUAUUACAGGAGGACGAUUCGAUACGGCAGAUUUUUGACAAUAUCCAACCGAGCACUUAA